AUGAUGGAUUUUCUGAAGGAGCUGAAAAAUAUUUUAGUGGAGCAGAAUAAAUUUGUGGUAAUUGCGGCGGUGGCGGCUGUGGCGUCUUCUGCAGUUACCGCGACGACGGUGUGCCUGCUUUCGAAGCGGAAUACGAAAAAAAACGGCAUGAGGGAUGUCAGCGCGGGCGGUGAGGAGCCGCAGAAAAGCCACGAGAUUUAUGAGACUCAGGCCAGUGCUCGGCAGUACAUGGAGUUUCAUUACACUCCUUCUCGAACCAGCUUUGCGCAGCGGUUGCGCACGAUUAGCGAAAGUUUUGAUUUCCCUUUUAGGGUGGCGCAGAAGUUUAAGGAAUUCCUGCCAGAGGCGCAGAGGGAAGACAAGCGUGCGUUGGACAUUGGUUGCGCCACGGGUGCUUCCGUGCUGGAGAUGAGCAAAUACUUUGGAAGUGUCAUUGGGAUUGACUACUCAGAGACUUUUAUUCACUUUGCCAAUGAGAUCUUGAAGGAGAGUGCAGUACAGCACGGUGCUCGGAUAGCCUUCACGGCAGCGGAUCAGGGCGACAUGGAAGUCAGCCGUAACGUGCGUGUGCCACUUGGAGCCUUCCCGAAGCGGUGCCAGUUUUUUCGUGCGGAUGCGAUGGACCUGUUCGAGAAGGGGGAUCACGGUGCGGGGGCGGAGAAGCGGCCACCCAGCCGUUACGCCGAUGUCUCGUGGUAUCAGGUGCCCGCGGGGGAGCUCUUUGACGGGGUUCUCGUGGCCAAUCUCCUCUGCCGCGUACCGGACCCACGCAAGCUCCUGGACGCCUUCCCGCAGCUGCUUCGUAAGGAUGGCAUCCUCGUACUUGCCUCGCCGUACUCGUGGUGGGAGGGAGCGACACCGAAGAGCAAGUGGAUCGGCGGGUUGCCCGGUGGGCCGCGGUCGGAGGAUGCCGUGAAGGAAAUCCUUAUGAAGAACUUUGAUCUCCUCAGUGAGACGGAAGAGGCGUUUUUGAUUCGUGACCACGUCCGGCGCUAUCAAUUGGGGUUCUCCCACUGUACAGUCUGGCGCCGUCGCUGA